GCUGAUUGAGAAACCAGUGAGAGACUAGUGGAACUACUAAAAAGUGAAAAUGACGCUCAGGCAAUGAAUCUGAACUUCACGGCAAGCCAAGUGGAGGACCUGAGGAGGGAGAGAGAGGAGAGGAGGGUAUCUUUCUCUGCCUCAGUGGUAACAUCUGGUGCUGCAAAUAUAGGACCCUUUUCAGCUGCAACUACUCUGAUCUACAGAAAUGUCAUAUCCAACAUUGGCAACUGCUACAACAAAAACACAGGUGUCUUCACAGCUCUAGUUCGAGGGGUCUACCACUUUGAUGUAUCUCUUUUAGGACAGGGUCAUGCAUCCACAGCUGCAGCAGUCACCCUACAUAAAAAUGGAGAGCAUGUUGCCAUUGCUUACACUCACACACCAAGCCACUGGACCAGCUCUUCUAACGGAGCUUCUCUGCUGCUGGAGGUGGGAGAUGUUGUCUAUGUAAACCUGAGGGCUCAUGCGUGGGUGUAUGAUAAUACGGAACGCUACACCACCUUCUCUGGCCACCUGCUCUUCACCAUGUGAGAAGUCAGUCCAGAAGUAAUGAUUCACUCAAGUAUUGCAAUAUUGUGUUUUGUGAUACUGCAUUGACUAUUCAGAACCAUGUGUCAGUGUUGUUUGCAGAUAUAGGGAAAUGUGAAUUCCUUUGCUUAAACUGCAUAAAAAACUAGCAGUAGCAGUGUUAUGUUUGAUAUCACAUGCACUGUGAUAAAUGCUAAUGCAGAGGUUUUGAUUGCAUGUACAUUUUAUAUCUCAAUAUGUUAUAUGGUGGUGUGUUUUCUAGUUAUUUGUUUAGUGUGUUUGUUGGUCUAAUAUACUGUAUCAGUUAUUAUGGCAGUUCUUCGUAUACAUUAUCUUACUUACAGUAUAAUAUAUUGCAAUUGAAUUGUAACCUUUGUUACAUUUGCUGUCAUUUCUGAAUCCUAACUAACUGAUGUUUCAUUCUCCAGUCCAGGUGGCCACAUAAAUUAAAGAAGGGGAACAAGCAUUAUACAUUAUGAUAUGUCACAUAUUUUUGUUGUUUUCAUAGCACUCAUAGAUUAUUUAAUUAAAGAGUUACUAGAAUGAAUAUAAGGCAAAUAUAUAUAAUCACCAGAAUGACACCACAAGACACCAGUAGGGGGAGUCAGAGCAAACUAGAGCUGCUAGUACUUUUAAAUGGCCACCAGGACUGGAGAUCAAAACACAGAUACACCUGUAAACAAUACCCACAGUAUAAGACAAAUCAUAUCACGAAUGACAGAGCAAGAGUAUUUCUGGUUUAGAUCAGGAGGAGUGUGAAAAGGGGGAAAAUUAAACAUUUAAAGUAUUA